AAAAACCCAUAGAUAGAACUACAGUAUUCGACUAAGUUUAAUUUCUCUUUACUUUUUUUCUUUGAAUACAGACACGAAUACACACUUAGAAGGGAGCUCUCAUCUCAGGUGCUUUCUUCGCAAACCCGUUUCUCAAACUUGAAAGUUGAAACAACUACAAUGUUCUAUAGAGGUAACUAUGCUGAUGGUGGGGAUGGGCGUGAAAUGGGUGCAAAGCGUCAGCGGGUAGUUGAACAGGGCUCUUCAUUUUAUGGGACUUCCCCUGGUCCAAGUUUUAUGUACAACCCUACUCCUUUUGGGUAUGUAGGCCAACCUCCACCUUUCCCAGUGGUCAAACUUCGUGGUCUGCCAUUUGAUUGUACAGAAGUUCAUGUGGCUGAAUUCUUCCAUGGUCUGGACAUAGUUGAUGUUCUCUUUGUCCACAAGAAUGGAAAGUUCACGGGGGAAGCUUUCUGUGUUUUUGGGUAUCCUCUUCAAGUUGACUUUGCACUUCAAAGGAAUAGACAGAACAUGGGCAGGCGAUAUGUUGAAGUGUUCAGAAGUAAGAGGCAGGAGUAUUACAAGGCAAUUGCUGGUGAAGUUUUAGAUUCUCGUGGUGGAUCUCCUCGCCGAAGUGUCCCAAUAUCUAAAUCUUAUGAUGAAGGGAAGGAUACCGCUGAACAUACAGGGAUAUUAAGGUUGAGGGGAUUGCCAUUUUCAGCUGGCAAAGAUGAUAUUAUUGAGUUUUUUAAGGAUUUUAUGUUGAUAGAAGACUCUAUUCAUUUUACCUUGAAUUCAGAAGGGAGGCCAACUGGGGAAGCAUUUGUUGAGUUUCCAACAGCUGAAGAUUCUAAGGGAGCAAUGGCAAAGGAUAGAAUGACUCUUGGUAGUCGAUAUAUAGAAUUGUUUCCAUCAUCGCAUGAGGAGUUGGAUGAAGCUCUUUUAAGAGGGCGGUGAUUCCCUGUUAGAGUUUUUCUUCCAUUUUUUCCCCUGUUGGUACUUGUUGUGUCUUUAGUUUCAUUUUCCUUGUUUGGAAUUUUGCGUAAUAUCCUGAUUUCGAAGUAGUAUGUUUUUAUAUAGUUUUCUUUUUUUAAUCUUUAUUUUUUUGUUUGUACUUUUUAUUUGCUGGGGACUUUUAUCUAUUGAGGAUAUGUAGGAUUGGUGUUUAGAAUUAUACAACAGAAGCUAUUGCAUUUAGUUUGAUUGUAUGAUGUUGCCGUUGCCAGUGUCAA